AUGGUCUGCGGCGCAGGCUGGAGCCCCGCGACAGAGCCGAAGAAGCUGCGGCCCGGCAGCAGCCACGCCGAAGCGCCGCAGCACAGUGUGCGAUGUGCGGGCCCGGCGGUCCAGUUAGACGCGAAGGCUGCUUCCAAGACGGCAGCCUCGGGUCACGAGGGACCGAACGUGCCGCUUGCGACGCCGCCGCGCCGUCCUUUGGCACCACCGCCAAACGGCCCUUGCUCCUCCGCGACACGCGCCGCAGAGACGCGCUUGUCGCCGCCAAAGCAACAGCAGCAGCAGUGGCAGCGAGACUUAACGUCUCGAGCCAUUGGCGACGCGGAUGGCGUUGGCGACGCGGCGGAGUUCUACAACCCACGUGGCAUCGUCACCAGCCCAGACGGCGGCGCGCUGUUUGUGGCAGACUGGAGCAACCACAAGAUCCGGCGGGUUGAGGUGGCGACUGGCGCAGUGACGAUUCUCGCGGGCAGUGGCACCAGGGGUAGGGAAGACGGCGUGGGCGACUCGGCGGAGUUCUAUGACCCAACUGAAGUCGCCCUCAGCCCCGACGGCAGCACGUUGUUUGUCGGUUCGUACGGUGGCCUCCGCCUGGUCUGCGUGGCUGCGCCUCCUCCGCCUCCCUCCUUUGCCCCGAUCGUCGUUCCGCGUUCGACCCUUGGAGCUGACUUCGCAAAGACGCGGGGCGACGCCUCCCUCCCGCAGGGCAUGGUCACCUUCCUGGUCGGCGACGACCGGGAGCGCAUCGAGCACGUGAGCAAGAACGUGCUCUGCGCCCGGUCCCCGGUCUUUCGGACCAUGUUUGGCAUCGGCAUGAAGGAGCGGGACGCCGCCGAGGUCACGGUGUCCCACACCAACCUCGCCAGCUUCACCGCCCUCAUCGACUACCUCCUCUCCGAACGCGCAGAGGCAGCUGCGACCCCGCCGAGCACCGAGAGGUACCAAAUGGCGCAAAUGACCAAAAUCAAGAUUGUGUAA